AACAUCGAAAUGGCAUUCUCCUCCUCCCUUGGUGGUCACGCCACAAAGUUUGUUACAUUCUUGAAGGGGUGCCCAGAGCUUCGGUGUGUGGCGAAUGUAGAGCUGAACGCCCGGCGGUUGGAGCGGGCUGCUGCAGCCUCGCAUUUUCAUUAGAUGUAGUCCGUGGGAUUGCGGGAGGUGCAGGAAGUUUGACAGCGGCAGGAUUGCAAACAACAUUUGUGGAAAAUAAACCAUCUCCCUGCGAGCACACAGCCUGUUCGGGAGCAACGCUGUCCCUAGUGCGACCAGCGGCAGCCACGGACCAUGUCAGAGCACCGGCUGAUGGUGGAGGAACUCAACGAGCUUCUAGCAAACGACAGUGGCUUUUACAGCCUCCCAGCCCAGCACUGCAAUGAAGUUUACUCCAGGAUAUAUGUGGGCAAUGCAUUUGUUGCACAAAAUCUUAUGAGGUUAGAGCGAUUGGGGAUAACACAUGUGUUGAACAGUGCAGAAGGCAACUCAUUCAUGCACGUUAACACCAGUGCGGAGUUCUAUGCAGGUUCAGGGAUAACGUACCAUGGAAUUAGAGCCAACGACACAGAAGCAUUUGACCUGAGUGCAUAUUUUGAAGAAGCUGCUGAUUUCAUUGACAAGGCCUUGGCGCAAAAGGAUGGGCGAGUGUUUGUGCAUUGCCGUGAAGGAUACAGUCGUUCGCCUACUCUUGUAAUUGCUUAUCUCAUGCUGCGACACAAAAUGGAUGUCAAAACGGCUCUGAUAACCAUCCGUCAGAAAAGGGAGAUUGGGCCAAAUGAUGGAUUCUUGCGUCAACUCUGUCAAUUAAAUGAAAAACUAGUUAAGGAGGCUAAUCUUAAGUCUUAGCCAGUUUGGAAGUAGCCAGUGCCUGAUGAGAAUUAAUAGAUACCUGAGGUUUCAGUGUACCAAAUGUGUGUUUGAAUUUAGGGCUGGGAUGAAGUUUUAUUGUUUCAAUAAUUUCUUCAGUGGGAUUAACUUACUUUGAAGGAAUUUAGGAAAAGGUCAAGAUAGCAGCGACCCAGCAUUAUGCUUAACACAUAAUUCCAUUGUCUCUAAAUUCAGUAGGACCCUUGGAUUCGGGUUAAUGUGUGUUGGUCUUUGGGAUCAUAGUUUUGGAUUGUAAUGCAGGAAAAUUAAUUUAUUGUGCUCAAUUACUGUAUCAAAUUGCAGUUAAUGAUGUGAAUCUGUUGGAAAUAUCCCAGUGGUUUAGUGCUCAGGUCUUGCAGUUGGGCUUGAUGCAGUUAUCAACUGAGUACUAUAAGUAUACAAAUUUUCCUGCGUUACAGUGACUUUGUAAUGGUGUACUGUAUUGACUAUAGUGCACCUUAUAAAGGAUGGGAAAGGUGCUAUAUAAAUGUAACUUUCUGUCUUUCAUCUUACUUGGUUGCUGCAAUGUUUGACAUUAUUGACAAGUUAGCACAUUGUAGAUCAGUGUCAAACUCCAUUUAAUCAUCCCCAGAACUGCAGGUGUUCCCUCGUCUUCCCUGUUUUGGGGUGGACAUGUUUUUGCUGUGUGAAUUGAGAAAAAUCAAAUUAAUUAUCCAUACAUCUUUAUACAAUGGAGCUAUUGGAUAAUUACAUUUGUCUGUAAAUGAAAGGCAACAAAUCUAAGGGUCGCAGACUUCUGUUUUUCCUUCCAAAUAAUGUGGCUGACCUGCUAAGUGUUUCCAGUAUUUUCUGUUUUUAUUACUAUUUGCCUUGAGUUCAUCCGAGGGGGUGAAAACUUAUCAAUAUUUUGACUGACCCUUCAGAACCUUUCCUCCCAACUGAUGCAUACUUGUAUGUGCCUAAGCACACGUUCCUUUGCAUGGUAAUAAAAACAUUAAUCAAUACUGUAAGUCCUUGAACUGAAAUCAUUGAUCCUAAUAUCACUAUAACAAUUUUGUGAAAAAUUAGGUCCAAACCAGGGAUACCUAACCUGGACCCCAUUUGAUGGUUUGUGAGGUAUGAUACUUAAAUUUGUUGGUGAAUCUAAUCCAUUUAACUAUGGUAAAGCUUCAGCAAUAUCUCAAUAUGCUACUUCGUCAGUUUUAGAAAGGUUUGUUUCCAGCAGAGAAUAUUCUAAGAGCUGGUUAAGGUAGAAGGGAUACUCAAUGGUCCUGCUGAAGAAAAUUGAAAAAUAGCUUUGGUCCUGGCCAUAGUUAACUAAUCUGAAUUUGCAAGUUGUUGUAAUUAUUUCUAUGUCUUGAAAGUGUACGUUAUUAAGACUGUAGCAAUAAGAUGCCUUUCAUACUGUUACUUGUUCAAGUACUUUAUUAUAUACACAAUGUUUUAACAUUACCGGCAUCAUCUGAACCUUGCAUGACCUAAACUACUUGAUCACCUCCCGCUUUGCAGACCAUAUCGAAAGCUCUGCUGCUUGUCUGCUUGAGCCUCGUGCAAAACUGGCUACCAGAUGCACAGAGAAAAGUAACUUCUAUUGGGUUUACACGCUUGAAGUUCCAAAGGCAUUUGUUGAAAACAAAGUAAGCUAUACGUUCAACAUUUGGUUGCUGAAUUGUAUGUUUGCCCAUUGGCUAAGUGCGUACACAUAAUCCCUAGCACAGCAGUGAUCUGCAUAAAAUAGAAUUGUUUUUGAGUUACCUCCCAUGUACUUCAGGCUUUCUUGGCCAAUGGCAGGUGGGUACUGGAAAUUAUCCAUAAUAAGCACAAGCUGGGGAAUGGAAGACUCCGCUCGAGCUCACUAUCUAAAGACUUGUUAAUUCAUUCAAAAUGUUGAUUAAGGAGCACAGCAAGAUGUAAUUAGUUCAUUAAGCUACUGAUUGUGGCUCGUGCACAAACAAUUUGGGAGAUAUAUCUCCAGAAUCCAUGUAACUGCACGCCAGUAUGCCCAGUCAUAGAAAGGAAAUGAGAAUAGUUUAGUAAAUGAUUUUACUGAGCUUCUGGUAUUCAUUUGACUUACCUGUCAUGUUUAUAUUUACAUUGUGUAGUUACUAUAUUUAAUUCACAUGAGGCUCUUCUUGAACCUCAUAAUAGCUGAAAAUCCCAUACGUUGGACUUCGUAUAUUGACUAGAGUGACCAAGUAGCAAAUAAGUCUGGUUUGGGAUCUUUGUUUUGUCUUCCAAAGGUAUGUGACUAUCAUGUUUACAACAUAUUCCCCUUGCUGCCCAACAAAAGAAAGAUGAUUGAUUCUUGCUGCUUGCAGAAAUGAAAGAAAUAGGAGUUAAUUGGCCUUCAUUAAUUGUGAAAUUGAAUUUAGGAGCUGAGAGAUAAUGUUGCAGCUAUAUAGGAUCCUGGUCGGACCCUGGUCAGACCCCACUUGGAGGACUGUGCUCAGUUCUGGUUGCCUCACUACAGGAAAAAUUGGAAACCAUAGAAAGGGUGCAGAGGAGAUUUACAAGGAUGUUGCCUGGAUUGGGGAGCAUGCCUUAUGAGAACAGGUUGAGUAAACUCGGCCUUUUCUCCUUGGAGCGAUGGAGGAUGAGAGGUGACCUGAUAGAGGUGUAUAAGAUGACGAGAGGCAUUAAUCAUGUGGAUAGACAGAG